GGUCCGUAGGGAUAAGGAGAAAAGGGUUUUCUCAUUUUCUUCUCUCUCUCGCUCUCUCUUUCAGCUCUUUUGAUGCUCAUCAGAGAGCGCAAAGUCUCUUCUUCUUAACACCCUUCUACCGCCGACUGCCCCUCCUCCGACCGUUCCGCCGGCCGGUGAAGGAAUUUUACUUGAGAGAAAGAGGGGCUUCUCUAGCAAUGGAUUCGAAUUCUUCUUCUCUAUCAUCACCACCACCGGCGGCUGCUGAUGUAGCAGCUGGGGCUCAGAACGGUGUCGUUCUUGUCCAGAAGGAGAAGGAUAAGGAGGCGGCUGCAGCUCCUGCCGCUGCUUAUUUGUCAAUGGUGGACCCUUUUUUGGUUGAGGCCCUGCAAAAUCCUCGUCAUCGUCUAACUAUUCUGCGGAUGGAGCUCGAUAUACAGAAGUUCUUGCAGAAUGGUGAUUUGCAGCAGUUUGAGUUCCAGCAUUUCCCCACUUCCUACCUACGUCUUGCAGCACAUAGAGUUGCUCAACACUAUGGUCUGCUGACUAUGGUGAAGGAUAAUCUUGUGGAUGGUCAGGGAACAAGAAUUUUGGUCAGGAAACAAGCAGAGAGCAAGUUUCCUGCUGUAUGUCUGUCAGAUGUCCCAGCUAAACUGUCAGAGAAUGAUAAAAAUGAACAGAUUAAAAUAGUCAUCAGGUCAAGGCCUACCAAAGCAUCUUCAAAUGACAGUGGUGAAUUUGGUUUAAAGCGCAGUCCUGUUAGAACUGUGGAGGAGAGAAAGGAGGAGUAUGACAGGGCACGUGCUCGUAUCUUCAGUAGUCAAAGUAGUUCUGAGUCAGAUGACAUCUUAACUCAAGUUUCUUCUGAUGGGAAGAAUUUAUGUUUGGGUGUGGAGGAUAAUGAAAAUUUGAAAAACUCAGUUGCUGAUUUUGAGAAGAGCUUUAUGAGCAGGGAAUACAGUGCAUCUUCGAGGGUGGCAAUUUUUAGGGACAGGGAGAAGGAUCGUACUGAUCCUGAUUAUGAUCGAAGUUACGAGAGGUAUGUUAAGAAUGUUCCUAUGAAUCAAAGCUUUACCUUGUCGCCGUAUGUCCAGAAGUUCCAACACCCAUAUGUGCAGUAUGAUUCUGCUUUCCCUCAGUUAGGUCAGAUGCCUGGGACCCAAGCUCCUCUCAGCUACACGAAUCCAGUUAUGAGCCCUUUCUGCGCCAUGGGAUUGAAUCAAACAUCAAGGGAUGCUGUAUACAUGCAGUGGCCUUCCCAGUCGAUGAUGUAUGCUCAAUCAUAUGAUCAAUUUAGGCAUGCUGUUUUUCAGGCCCCCUUUUGUCAGCAGCCUCUGAGUUUUGACUACUCGCAGAACUAUUAAUACUAGAAAAGCUUAGAUGGAGAAUAUCUGCAUUUGCUCUUCCCAUCAUUUAGGUUACCUAUGAAAGACUGUUAAACCUUUGUAUUUUGGAUUAGUAACCUUUGUUUUCAAUUUUCGGUGCUAGUAUAAGGACAUCAAAUAUUAGUGGGUACCUGCUAUUGUUGUUUGUAGUCGAACUCUAUAAAUACUCUCUUGCUUGCUCACAUCCAUUCUCUGGAUUUUCUCUUUGCUUCA